CAAUAACAUCAAUAACACCACCACCACCAUAUGGUAUACUCUACACACAACGACUUCUAAUCAUCAUAAAUACCUGGACAUGCUGUAUAUAUUUCAUCUUCUAUCUCACCUCCUAUACAGCCUCUUCUCCCUCCAGUGCCCUCGCUCUCCCACCACCCCUCCCUCAUACCCCCUGGCCGUCCGCAACCCAUAUCUCUCCGCCUGGCUGCCCGGCGACCGCGUCCAGCAUCUCCCCUCUGCCAGCCCGCAGUUCUGGACCGGCCAGGAGCUGACCUGGUCCGUCAUUGUCCGCGUCGAUGGCCAGGCGUACAGUCUGAUGGGCGUCGAUGAGCACGGCGACGUCCAGCUCCCCGCCGCCGUCGUCCAGCACGCCGACUUCACGGCGACGCAGUCGACCUUUCGUCUCUCCACGGGCCGGCUGAGCUGGACGCUGGCCUUUCUCUCGCCCGUCUCGCCGGCGAAUCACCUCCGCCAGUCAUUGCCUUUUAGUUACCUGACGGUUACCGUCCAUGGUUCCGCAAACGAGAUCCAGAUCUAUACCGAUAUCGACGGCCGGUGGACCGGACGGGCAGGCGAUUCCGAUCGAGCCCUCCACUACAAUGACCGAGAUGCGCUCGCCGUCUACUCCUUGUUCCUGAAGAACCGUGACAACCUCACGUACGCCGAGGACAGCGAUAUGGCUCUCUGGGGGGAGGCCGUUCUAGCCGCCCGUUCGUCCGCCGGAUCGACCGUGUCCUUUGCCUCGGGUCCCGUCACGGCUGUCCGGACGCAGUUCGUCGCCGGAGGGCGUCUCACAGACACCGAUCUCCCCUGGGCGGGUGACGAGGGGGUGGUCGGUCUGGCGCACGAUCUCGGUGCGGUCAAGGGCAGCCGUUCGGUCACCUUUGCGGUGGGCUACGUGCGGGAGAAAGCGAUCAACUACCUGGGUGAGGCGUAUACAGGCUACUACCGUGCCCGGUACCCUUCGACGGCGGAGGCGGUGGCCUUCUUUCUCGACGACUACGACGAGGCCCGGAGCGAGGCCAAGCGACUCGACGAACAACUCGCCCGCAAGGCUACCGCAGCGGCGGGCAGCAAGUAUGCCGAGAUCCUCGCCCUGUCGACGCGCCAGGCGUACGGAGGCAUCGACCUGACCAUCCCCGAGGCGACGCGGGACACCAACGACGUGCUGGCGUUCAUCAAGGAGCUGUCCAGCGACGGGAACAUCAACACCGUCGACGUCAUCAUGCCUGCGUUCCCCAUCUACUAUGUUCUGGACCCGGAGUAUAUCCGUCUGCUGCUCGAGCCCGUGUUGAGAUACCUGGCCGCGGGACGCUGGCGGCAUCCGUAUGUCAUCCACGACCUGGGCGCCCACUACCCAAAUGCCACGGGACACGACGACCAGAACGCCGAGCCGAUGCCGGUCGAGGAGAGCGGCAACCUGCUCAUCCUGGUGCUGGCGCACGCUCGCGCCACGGGCGACCCGCACUGGGCCUGGCAGUACACGGACCUGCUGCGCCGGUACGCCGACUACCUGGUCGCCAACGGCCUCAAUAUCCCCUUCCAGUUGUCCUCCAACGACGCCGCCGGCCCGCUCGCCAACGAGACCAACCUCGCCAUCAAAGCCGCCGUGGGCCUGCGCGCCUUCGGCACCCUCUUCGGCGAGGAGAAAUACUCCCGCAUCGCGAGCCAGUACGCCCGCUCCCUCUUCGACCACGGUCUGGCCACCGAUCCCUCCCACUCCCAUUUUGUCCUGCAGUACCCGCACAAGCCUGCCUCGUGGAAAAUCCCCUACAAUCUCUACCCGGACGUGCUGCUAGGUCUGCACACCUUCCCUCCCGACGCGUACCGUAUGACUCGUGACUUUUUCUCCUCCUCCUCCUCCUCCUCCUCCUCCUCCUCCUCCUCUUCUGCCGUUCGCGGUCCCUACGGCGUGCCCCUCGACCACCGCCAGGACUGGGCCAAAUCCGACUGGAAUAUGUGGUUGGCCGCGACCUUUGGGCCCGGCGACGCCCAGACCCAGUUCGUAGACGACCUGUGGUCCUUCAUGACCAACGGCAAGCACUCCUGGCCCUUCUCUGACCGGUACCUUGCGCGUGGCCGUCGUGCUGGCCUGCCGGUUCUCUGUCGUGCGCGGCCCACGGUCGGCGGCCAUUUCGCGAUUCUGGCGUGGGAUGGGCCUGGGAGUUUAUCUCACAAAGAGCUGUAGAUACCUGAUGAAUUGAAUGCCUUGUGUUCUUCUUGUAGCUCCUGUAGC